AUGUUCGUCUUAUCACUAGGCAUUUCUGCCACUACUCUUGGCAGUAGAUCUAUUAGUGAUGGUAGUAUUUCCAAGAAUAAUAAUAAUAAUAAAAAUUUAUCUUCUAAAAAUUUAUUAGGUUUAAAAAUCAAUAUCUUUAAAUUCUUAAAUGAUUUAUUAUAUAGAUUACCUCAACAACAACAACAUCAACAACAAAAGAAAGUAUUGUUUCCUUCAUUAUUAGAUUCAUCUAUUACAAACUUAAAUAACUCCAAAAAUCAAUCUAAAUUACCAAUCAAUUGUGCUGCUGAUGAUUUGGAUUUAAGUCUUGGUGGUUCGAAUGAUCAAAUUGAAUUCUUUACCAACUUUAUGUCUAAUUCUGGUAAUGUUGUAUUAGAUUCAAAUAGUGUUUCAACUGCUAAUUCUGCUGUUUCUUCGUUAUCAAAUAGUGGAAUUUUAAUGGCUCCUCAAAGUCAUAAUCAAAACUCUUAUCAAAAUCAAUUUAAUACAAAUGGUUUUAAUAAUGCUAAUGGUCAAAAGACUCCUUAUUAUUAUAAUACUCCAGGUUCAGGUAUCCCAAUUAAUCAUCCAUCUGCUAAACAAAAUGUUCCUGAAUUUGAUGAUUUUUUUGAUGUUCAUCAAAAUCAAUUUAAUGCUCGUAAUGAUCAAUUACUUCAUCAUCAUCAACAACAAAAGCAACAACAACAACAACACAAUCAUUCUCAAUCUUUUCAACCACAACAACAACAAUCCCAAAAUGAAAUUCAACAAUUUGAAGAUUUUAAUAACGGUUAUAAUUUAAAUAAUGUGCUCGGUUUAAAUCAACCAACUCCGUACUUUAAUGAUUUUAAUCAUCAAGUUGAUAUUUAUUUAUCUUCUUCAGCAGUUUCUUCUAAUGAAAGUUAUAUUAACCCAUUAGAUGAUGAAUUCUUUAAGAAAUUUAACAGUACUAAUAACAAUGCUUCUGCUACCAACAAUACUUCCAAUUCUGAAUUAAAUGCUUAUAAUGUUACUCCUUUUAGUAGUAUUGAUAUUUUAGUUGGUGAUGAAGAUGAUGAAAUUGAAGAUUUUUCAAGAAAGAGAAAAUUUGAUUCCAUUAGUUCAGUUUCUUCAAGUAGUUAUGAAUAUUCUUUAAGUCAAGAACAAUUCAUUCCACCAACUAGUUUACCAAAUACUAGAAAACCAUCUUUAUUACAAAAUCAAUCUCAAAUCAAGCAACAAUCUACUUCUCCAAAGAAAUAUAAGAAGAAGAAGGCUGAUUUAAAGAAAGAUUCUAUUAAAAAGGUUAAAAAGGAAUUAAUUGCCCAAUCAAAAAUAACUCAACAACAACCAAUUAUUCAAGAAAAUAAAAAAUCUUCUAGAUCAAAUUCUAUGAAUAAUGGUGAAGGUUUAGCUCAUUCAUGUCCUCAUUGUGAUGCUGCAUUUAAAGUUAAAGGUUAUUUGACUCGUCAUUUAAAGAAACAUAAUUCAGCUAAAGCAUUUAUGUGUCCAUUUUAUCAAGAACCAAGUGAUGGUACUAGUGGAACUAAAUGUCAUCCAACUGGAGGAUUUUCAAGAAGAGAUACUUAUAAAACUCAUUUAAAAGCUUUACAUUUUAUUUAUCCACCAGGAACUAAAUCAAAUGAAAGAAAUAGUAUUAGCGGUAGAUGUGCAGGAUGUUUUCAAUUUUUUGAAAAUAAUGUUCAAUGGUUAGAAACUCAUAUUGAAACUGGUAGUUGUAAAGGUACUGUUGAAUUUAAAUUACAACAACAGAGACCAACUCAAAAUACCAAUGACAAUACAAGUAAUAAUAUUAAAGUUAAGUCUGAAAUUGAUUUUAAUGAAGAAGAACUUGGUAUCCAUGCCAAUCAUUAUAUUAAACAAGAAAUUCUUGAUUAA